CGUGUAUUUGUGACUACAGCACUUUUGCCUGUAUGCUUUGCUGCCUCAAAGGUCCGGGCCUAAGGUGUACAGGUGUACCACUGUCUGUGUUUUGACUCCAGAUACUCAGUUUUACCUGAUUCCUGUAUGUUGUCAUCUUGUGUACGCCUGGUCCCCACGGCAGUUCGGCUGGUCGGUUCCCUGGUCUGCAGUUCUUCCCGUUCCUUCAUGGAUUUGAAGGCUCUCCUUUCCUCCUUGAAUGACUUUGCAUCCCUAUCGUUUGCUGAGAGUUGGGACAAUGUUGGAUUACUGGUGGAACCAAGCCCACCACACACUGUAAACACACUCCUCCUGACCAAUGACUUGACCGAGGAAGUGAUGGAGGAGGCGCUGCAGAAGAAGGCAGAUCUCAUUCUCUCUUACCACCCACCUAUCUUCAGACCCCUGAAGCACGUGACCUGGAAAACCUGGAAGGAGCGCCUGGUGAUCCGGGCUCUGGAGAACAGAGUCGGGAUUUACUCUCCUCACACAGCCUAUGAUGCUGCACCCCAGGGAGUCAACACCUGGUUGGCUAAAGGGCUUGGAACUUGCACCUCCAGGCCCAUACAUCCUUCCAAAGCUCCCAGCUGCCCUGCGGAGGGAACACACAGAGUAGAAUUCAGUGUUAGCCACACCCAAGACCUGGACAAAGUCAUUUCUGCAGUGAAAGGAAUUGCAGGUGUUUCUGUCACUUCUUUUUCUGCUAGGACUGAUGAUGAAGAACAGACGCGGAUCAGUCUGAAUUGUAGUCAGCAGGCUUUGAUGCAGGUGGUGGCCUUUCUUUCCCAGAACAGACAGCUUUAUCAGAAGACUGAGAUUCUGUCACUGGAGAAGCCUCUGCUUCUGCAUACUGGAAUGGGACGAUUAUGCACACUGGAUGAAUCUGUCUCCUUGGCAACCAUGAUUGAGCGAAUCAAAAGGCACCUAAAACUAUCUCAUGUUCGCCUUGCUCUUGGGGUGGGGAGGACCUUAGAGUCCCAGGUCAAGGUCGUGGCCCUGUGUGCUGGUUCUGGGAGCAGUGUUCUGCAGGGCGUGGAGGCUGACCUUUACCUCACAGGUGAGAUGUCCCAUCAUGAUAUUCUGGAUGCUGCUUCCCAGGGAAUAAGUGUCAUCCUCUGUGAACACAGCAACACUGAACGAGGCUUUCUUUCUGAUCUUCGAGACAUGCUGGGUGCUCACUUGGAGAAUAAGAUUAAUAUUAUCCUGUCAGAAACAGACAGGGACCCUCUGUGUGUGGUAUGAUGCAUGCAGGAACAACAGGAUGACACAGUCCACAAAUUGAUUGGCCCCCAGUGCACAUGUAGAACAUGAAUCAGUGGAGUUGGUAUCCUUCUGGAAGAACGUCUUAGAAUGUACUUUAUCAUUUCUGGUCUGUUAAUCUGCUUCACCAAAUGUUUUAUAGCUCAUGAGGUAAAAACUGUAAUGUAACUACCAUUAAAGAACAAAUAUUCAUU